GUUCUGUAAUGGGCAGAGAGAUUUAUCCAUUACGGAGAAAUGGGUGCAUGAUAUGCUUGGCGCUGUACGGAGUUGAAUGAGCAGAGAGUCGGGAAAAGAAAACAAGAAAGAAAGAAAGAAAUCAUCAUGGGAUAAUAUAAGUUAUAAUGGCGGAUCGAUCUCCGGCUCUGCCUCUGCCUCUCCCUCCGCAGGAGAUGGGGGCUGCGCCAUGGCCUGUGCUACUGCAACUACAGAGCUGAGGCGAAUAUAAUAUAUAUAUAUAUAUUAUGAAUGAACAAAAUCUAUUGGUU